CAUGGCCAACCUUCAGGACAACGUCCGCUCCCUCCUACGGCCCUCUGAGGAGGUCCGCGCAGUUCUAGAGAUUACAGAGAUACCCGAUUCCGAGGCUGGAUCGAGCGUUACCCAGGCGGUGGACGAUCCCAGGAACAGGCGCGUCGUCGCCGUCGUCGCUCACAAGGAAAAUGGCCUGAGCGUAGAGGAGGGCAGCGUCUUCAUUCUCAAAUUCCGCCCCGUCGAGGGAUCACCGAACGAUGUCUCCGAGGAGCUCGAGGUGCAGCGAGUAUACCCCAUCUCGGAAGACUUCAGCGUCCGCAUGUCCCAGAUGAACCGCAACACGCUCAACCUUGGCUCGGAUGGGCGACCGUCGCUGCAACCUCGCGCAGGGAUCAACGUCACCAUCGCCCCCGGAGGGCCCGAUGCACGCGCCCUCACGCUUCAUACGCAAGAUAGUGCCGGUUUACGAACGAUAAUCCAGGAGUAUAAGCGAUUACAGGCUGCUUCUGCCGCAUCUCAAGCCACCAUCCAGACCUUCUCGUGGAUCGCGCCCUAUACGCACGCGCGGGCGACCAAGAAGAUCUCUCAUGCCAUACCCCUCGACCUACGAACCCAACGGGCGCCACUGGACUCACGCCUGUCCCCCGCGAGCGCCGGCAUGCCUGGCGACGACGUGUCCGACAUCAACAUCCUACGCGAUGAUUGGCUUCGCCGAGAAUCUCGCCGAGCCUCGCUCAAGGGCAAAUGCAGGCUGAACAUCCGUAUCGGCACCUUCAACGUCAAUGGAAAGAACCCCACGCAAGACCUCUCUACCUGGGUCCGACCCUCUUCCAAGGAAACCAAGCGCUCGACCGCAACGCUCCCCCCUAUCGAGGGCGUCUCUCCUCUCUCCCUUGGCGAAGUUGCUCGCAACCCUAUCGAGGACGCUGGUGCCGCAGGAACGGACUCCCUCUCUGCACCAUCGGCGCCCUCUAUAUCCGGCACGACUGUCGUCGAGGAGCCAACAUCGAUGAAGGAGGCUACUGUUCCUGCUGACCCCGACUCCAGCGAGACCGACUUAUUGGUAUUCGGCUUUCAAGAGCUGGAUCUGUCGACUGAGGCAUUGUUGUACUCGACGAGCACUGCGAAGGAGGAAGCGUGGCUGAAAGCGAUCUUCGCGGCACUUGGGGAGGAAGGAGACAAUUACGAGAAGCUCGCGUCGAAGCAGUUGGUCGGCAUGCUCAUCAUUAUAGUUGUGAAGAAGCGGCUGCGACAUUGCUUUGGGGAUAUCAAAACGAGCGCGGUGGGUGCGGGGAUCAUGGGGAUCAUGGGCAACAAAGGCGGUACAGCCAUCCGCGUCCAGUUCACCCCGCCCUUUAAUCAUGCCGGGUCUAACGAGAACCCAUACGGCCCCGUCACCCUUACCUUCGUCAACGCGCACCUCGCCGCCUUCGACGAGAUGGUCGAUAAGCGGAACGCGGACUUCCAUGAUCUAUCAAGGCGGUUGACGUUUGAGCUGACCCCGGAGGUGGUGGCCACGAGUCCGUCAUCGGCUUCCUCCGGGCUACCAGCCUCUGCCUCGUCGUCUUCGUCAACGAGUGCUACUCCAUCGUCCGGUCUGCCGAGCUCUUCAUCUUCCAGCGUCACCGCCUCGGCAUCAAGGACCACGGUGUCAACCUCGUCGUCAAAAGAUAGCAAUGUCUCGCAGACCUCGGUCAGCACUGCGACGUCCUCGGCGACGUAUGCGGUCUCGCCGGCGCCGCCGCAGCAAGUGGGUGUCUUCGAGUCGGAUGCUCUGUUUUGGAUGGGAGAUCUGAACUAUCGAAUCGACCUGUCUGACUCGGAUGUCCGAACAGUACUGGCAUCGAAGCACUGGACGAACAGACUAGAGACGCUAUACAAAUACGACCAGCUACGAACUGCCAUCAGCAACCGCCGUGCUUUUGAGCCCUUCGCCGAGUUCCCGAUUACACACGUGCCGACCUACCGCUUCAGUUCAGGCGUCAUGACAGACGAGUUGGGAUACGACAUGAAACGCCGUCCUGCCUGGUGCGACCGCAUUUUAUACCUCGACUCUGCUGCUGCCGCAGUCGAGCAAUACUGGUACAGUGGCGUGCCUGGUAUCACAUUCAGUGACCACCGUCCGGUAGCUGCGGCUUUCCACGUCGAUGUAGACCUCUACGAGAAACAAGCUCAGGAGCGCGCCUCGCGACACCUGCAUCGACAAGUGCACGUCUUGGACGUGAUGGACGAGGUGCACGAUCGGGCCGUGGUAGUUGUCGAGGGGGGUGCGGUCAACUUUGGGAGCUUUGGCUACGGCCAGGCAAUUCACAGGGAGCUGACGAUCCGAAACACCGGAAAGAUCCCCUGCGCCUUCCGCUUCGUUCCGCCUGCUCCUGGAUCUCCCAGCACACCCCACUGGAUCCGCCUCAGCCUCUCCGCCGGCCUGCUUCUACCUGAAGAGAAGACCACGGUUACCCUCACCGCGAUCAUCGACAACGAAGCUGCGGCGGAGCUCAAUCAGGACCCGCGACGCGCGGAGGAGACGCUUAUAUUGCAUGUGUUGUGUGGGAAGGACCAUUUUAUCACGGUGGGAGGAAAGUAUGAACCUACCUGCUUUGCCAACAGUCUGACGCGCCUGACGCGCAUGCCUGGCCCCAUCCGGGAGCUUAAGUCCAACAAGGAUUUACUAUUGGAAGAGGAGGCGGGGCAUGCGUCGAAGGAGGUGGCCAGACUGGUCAAUUGGCUGAUGUCGAAUGCGACGACGACGCCCGACCUCUUCUUCGGGCCUACAGAGUCCGGGCUCGUGAACACCAUACGAUCAUGUCUCGACACCGGCGCUCCCUUCCCUGAGCCCAAUCCCGCCUCACCGGCUACGACUAUCGCCAACCCGCCACCGAUUUCUACCGCAUCCUCUCCAUCUCCGCACACCCUCUCCCGCGCGUUCGCUUCCACAUUGCUUUCCCUCCUCGCCUCCCUCACUGAGCCAGUCGUACCUUACCCGCUGCACGCCCGCUGUGCAAGCGUUACCAGUCGCGACGAGGCUUUUGAGGUUCUCGAGGCGCUGCCGCCGGCGUCGGUGAAUGUGUGGAUUUCGGUGACUGCGUUCUUGCACUUCAUAUCGCAGGAUGGGGAAGGCGGAACAGGUGAUGACGGUGGCGAGGAGGUAGGUGAGGGGGAGUCGGUGGGCGAUGAUAUAAAGGGAGAAAGAAAGGCGAACAGCAAGGAGGCACGACUGAUGCGACUGGCGACCUUAUUCCACCCUAUCCUUAUGCCGGAUGACCCCAAGGCGGCUGUUGCUGUUUCGCCUGUGGGCAGGUGUCGGUUCUUGCGCUUCUUCAUAGAGUGAUGUACAGUAGACUCGGAUGUCGUUUGGUAGCUUUGAUCAGGACGGAAUUAUUUAUAGGGUAUAUAUGCGGACACUUCCUAUUACACGCCCUUUCUCGUGGACACCCUGGACCGUCGUUACGAGUGCAUGAGAACCGAGUCGAGUACGUCAGUGCAUGAACCAUCUGCGGCUUGGAGCACAUCGUUCUGAAAAUGCACGGACGCG